AUGGGCCUGACCAUUGCGACGAAUAAACUUAAUGGGCCUAGUGAGUUAUUUGAUAAUUUUUCCGCCCUAUCUCUUGUAAUUUGCUCCGUUCGUAGCUCAGUUUUACCGAUUACCGUUGAAUUUUCACAGAUACACAUGGAUGUGGCCGCCGAGACAUUGUACAAGCCACCGGCGGGUUUUGUGGAGGAUAAAAGGGACCCGCUCGUCGACCUCGAAUUGACAGAGUCGACUGAGCUAUGGCUUAUUCAGUGGCCAAUCAAUCAACCUCUUGAUUUCGAUGGGCAAACGGUGUCGUUGAAGCUUGGCCGCGAUGGGCACUUGGGCACCUUGGAGGGGUCUUCUGGAAAAUCAUAUGAAAUGGUUGGCUGUAAGACCAAUGGUCCAGAGGCUAAUGUCUUCUUAACUUCAACAGCGGAGGCCAAAAUCGCUGGGAAAAUCUCUAGGCGCAUUUCCCUGAUUCAUUAUCCGGAGCCAGGCGAAUUACUAAAGCGUAAUAGCCUUAGUAUGGGCCUUUCCCAGCGGUCUUCUGGGGCCACCUCAACCUUGUCCGGCUGGCGACUCCCGACUCCCUCUCGAAGCAUUAGGCCCACAAAAUCUAAAAUCAGCGGCCUUUCUACUCCGAGCAGCAGAAGCAAGAGUUCGGGCUCUGGAUUAGGAGAAUCUUCAAAGCCCGCAAAGAGAAAACGAGCUGAUGAGCAGAGCAAGCCCACCAGCAACUUGGCCCAAGAUUCGGGGAGAGGAAAUAGUGGAGUUACUUCUGCUGGCUCUGUGGAGCAGCAUUCUCAGGUAAGGAAGUCCAAGAAGAAAAAGGAAAACGAAGAUUGAGCUUUUUAUUGCUGUCAGGGGUCCGAAUUUUGUGUGGGGAAAAGGUGGAAUUGUUUGAUGUGAGAGCUUUUUCAAGUGUUGAUUUUGUUUCUAGAUCAUUCAUUGUUAGAAGGAAUGGUCCGAUAAUUUUUUGUUCUCGUUGUUUUCAGUUCGGAUAAAAUUUGAGAUGGAUUUGAUCGUCGCAUAAAAUCUUAUUGCUUUUGUAUAAAAGUUGUGCCCAAUAAGGUGUCAAAAUAAAUUUAUUUGCUUGCAAAGAUAGUUUAGGAGCACGAGUAAAGUUGGAGCUUCCUAUUUUUAUUGUUA